CAAUUUUCAGAUACCCCAAAGAACAGAAAGCGAUAACAACUGCAGUAUAUGAUAUUGGCCACGACUGGGCCGGACAGCUUUGAUUCAGCGUCUUCAAAAUGGUCGUCUCUCAUGCUACACUCUACAAUCGCCUAGUGACCGUCGCGGUCGCUUUUGGCUCUCUUACAUACGGAUACUGCUCUUCAAUUAUUGGCAGUACGAUUGGCCAGCCGGGAUGGUAUGCCUACUUUGACCUUCCCCCAAGUGGCACUCCAGGUUAUGCAACAAAAACCACUUCGACGAUUGCCACCGCCAAUGGUAUAUAUAGCGCUGGUGGUGCUAUCGGCUCUCUGUUUAUUAUGUGGGCAGCAUCGGCCCUGGGAAGGAAGCAGUCUAUCCAAAUCGGGGGAUUCUUCGCUCUCCUUGGGGGCGCUCUUCAAGGGGGUGCCGUGAAUAUCGGUAUGUUUCAGGCAGGACGCUUUCUGGCAGGUGUCGGCAUUGGCAUCCUGGUAACAGUAUGCCCUAUGUAUAUGAGCGAGUUGGCACCACCUGAGAAGCGCGGCUGGCUGGUCGGUCACCACGCAAUUUUCGUUGUCUUUGGAUAUAUGCUUUCAAGUUGGCUUGGAUUUGCGUGCUACUUUGCCACAUCUCAACAGCCGGACUUUGCAUGGCGCUUCCCUCUCUGCAUGCAAUGCUUUGGCCCUCUGGUGCUGCUAAUAGCAUCACUUUGGAUCCCAGAAUCACCUCGGUGGCUUUUGCAGAAAGGCAAGCUAGAAGAAGCAUGGAUAGUCGUGUUGAAUCUCAGAAGGUCGCCAGAAGACCAAGAAAACAUGGCUGCAAAAGAGGAACUCUACCAGAUCCGAGCCCAGAUUACACUUGACGCUGCAAGGCUAAAGGCUAUUGGAUGCGGGCCAUGGAUGGCGGUGAUCAAGAAGAAAAGUUAUCGGAAAAGAAUGAUUAUUGGAUUUCUAACCCAAUGGGGUGCCGAAUUUGCUGGACCUCUUAUCAUUAAUAAUUACUCGGUCAUAUUAUAUACCAAUUUAGGUCAAACGGGCUACAUGCCUCUGUUGCUCUCCGCACUCUGGCUCACCACCGCCGGCUUGAUUUACAACCCAUUUGGUGCCUGGCUACAUGACAAAGUCAAUUCGCGAAGGUGGAUGUUUAUGGUUGGUCUAUUCGGCUGCUUAAUUACCACCAGCGGGCUCGCGGCCUGCGUGGCCCAAUUCGCAGGGACAUCGAAAAAGGCUGGUAAUGCAGCGGGGGUAUUCUUCAUUUUUCUAUACCUUGCAUUUCAAGGAACCGGUUGCGAUACGACGAUGUAUAUAUAUGUUGCUGAGAUCUUUCCUACGGAAAUUCGUCCCAUUGGCAUGGGGUUCUCUCUUUUCGGACAAUUCUCCAGCACUAUCAUUCUCCUACAAACUGCGCCGAUUGGAAUCGUCAAUGUUGGCUGGAAAUACUAUCUUGUCAUCAUCAUCUGGUGUAUCUUCUUUAUCCCAGUCGUGUAUUUCUUCUUUCCUGAAACAGCCAAACUGUCAUUGGAAGAAAUAUCGGCACGCUUCGGGGACGAUGUUGCAGUCCAUGUUACUGACGUCCCAGAUGAGGAGCGCAGAGAGCUGGAUGACUUUUUGAAAGGAAAAGAUGUUGUUCACCUGGAGGAAUCGCGAGACCCAAGUGGUGGUGGCAGCGUAAAGUCUUAGCAAGAACGAGAUUAGCUAUAUCGCCGCAAGCUUGUAGCUCGAAUUGACCAAAAAAAUAAUAGGAUCUAUGGCAAUCCAUCGAAUAAAUUAUUGAGAGGUCUCUCUUGCGCCGACAACAAUAUGGGGUGAUCUUUCAAAUUUAGAAAUACUUCUCGGUAAUAGUCGCAGUAAUAGCCCAGGCGUUGAUGUGGUGAUGGAGUCUCCAGGAUGUACCCUUGCGCCUCGGAUGAAAGUGUAGCCAAUUAUUUUCCGCGGGGUAUUCUCUAUUGGGAAUCCAACCGGAGCGCUGAAGCUCUACUUUCCCACCACGCCUAGAGGAAAUAUUACUGCGACAUACAGCAAGAUGUCCUCUUUUUAACCCGUUUGGGAGUUUAGGGUCGUAUUUUCAUCAUUGGCAAAUCUUUCGUCUCCAAACAUCUACGUUCUGGCGGGUUUAAAAAUAGGCACAGAAGGGGUGAACAAGAACAUGUAGAAUCAC